GGGUUCACAGAGUAGCAUGUAGAGUGGAUUGGGAACUGCUGGCGAAGGUCGCGUGGCCUUGGGUGGAAUUAUAAAAUUCGAUUUCGAGCCGUCUGCCGGGUUUUCCACAUUUUAUCGAGGUCAAACAAUCGCUUCGUGAGCUUUCAAGGAUUUCGUCUUAACGGGGUCCAAUGAUGCUCUGAAUGGCUUCAGUCACAUUUCGCUCGAAGUCCUGACCGUCCUGAAUCUACAGCCUUCGAUUAUCGCUUAAGACGACUUCCAUGGGAUUUAUUGAAGAUGAAUUGCAAGAGGUUUCCAAACUUUGUCACAAUGUGGUCGAAGGUAGCCGAAUCGUUUCCUGCUUCCAAACUAUGGUUCGGAUCGAAAUAACAAAGACGUCAUUUAAGAAAAUCAUUGUAUGUGCUCAAUUUCCGGAAGAUUAUCCCAAAACUCCGUUGCUGAUUGAAUUGAAGAGUAAAACUCUGUCUGAAAAUCUGCUGGCUGGCUUGACCAAUGUCUGCGAACAGGAGUGUAAAAAAAUCUUGGGAAAAGCUCAGGUCCUGCCUGUUUUGAAGUUUGUCAGAAAUUUUAUCCAUGAAAAUUCACUCUGCUGUUGUUACGACGAAAUAUCUGCAUUGAAAAAGCUUCUUGGAGAACGCGACAAACUGCAGUUGAAACAGAAAAGUUCCUAUAUCAACUUGAAGGUUUAUCAAGGACUUUAUUAUUUUAAGACAAAAAUAUUGGUCCCUGACACUUAUCCUGAAAUUUCGGUUAGUUUGGAAGAGAUCGACACUAACUUCCCACCUGUUUUCACCCGUCAUUUAGUUGGGCAGGGCAGAGAACUCGGCAGAAGAUGUGUCGAACCUCCGUUAAAGAAGCUCCCUAAUCAACCGAUGUUCAAACCUUCGCCCUCUCUCUGCAAAGUUGUAUCUUUUCUCAUAAGAUCUGCCAAGACUCUUCCAAACCAGCAUUGUCAGCUCUGCAGAGAUGCUUGUCUUCCUCAGAAUCCGGAGGAUGCGGUAAUCGACGAGACGGCAGAUUUGCACAUCGAGAGGCUGUACUGCAGCCACUUGUUCCAUCAGCAAUGCCUCAUAACGUAUAUGAAAACUCCUCCAUUUCACGGAGGGAAAAAGUGUCCUGGUUGCGGUCAAAGAGUUUAUCAUGAUAAGUGGGCUGUCAGUGAACGACUAGCGGAAGACCGUUGGGCACACGAACAGGCCCGAGUUCGUGAACUGGCAGAGGUUGCUGAUUUCUUUGAAUAAGUUCGAAUUUAUUUCGAUUAUAAUACGCCAUGAGUGUAUCAUUGCGACAAAGUGUCAAUCUUAGAUGACAAGAACUUAUGUACGGUGUCUCUCAGGCAUGGUAUAUACAUAUAUUAAUUGUAUAAUAUAAAUAUAUAUAUAUUUUAGUAAAAUUACAAUGAUUUCAGGAUUUGGUUAUUGGAAGGAUAAAAAGAAAGAGAAGACUUAAAGGUAUAAGUACAACAAUAACAAUAAUAGGGAAUAACUUGUAAUAGUUGGAUAAUUAUUUUAACUAAUAACGAAUAGAGCUGACAUAUUUAGGUGUGUGCGUUAGUAUAUUUGUCGAUCAAUUAUUGUCAUUACUUUCUUCCUACGUUGAUGGAAAAUGGCACGAGAAUCUGUUUUGAUUACACGAACACACAUGUCGCCCUGAUUGAAUCUGUUGAAACGAAUCGGUAAGAAAUAAAAUGUUCUUUUCGAUUCAAGUGUGAUCAAUUGGGUCUCGAAAAUUUGGUGUUUGGGAAGGAAUAUUUUACAAAUCUAAUAAGAAAAGAAAGAACACAUAUUUUUUCCCCCUUAAAUUAAACAAUAAUAUUAAUAAUAACAAUGAUUAAUCAAUUUUGUACAGUUGGUGAUUCAUUGAAUAAAACAGACUGAUGUUCUUUCUACGCA